GGUUCUCAUUAUUUACGUUUUGGCGGUUGUGUUUUUGAUUAUUGAUAAGCGAUAUAAUUCCUUUUGUUGAUAGGUUUGCUAUAUUUUAUACUUGCAUUUUAUUCUUUACAAGAAAAUAGAAUAUAUUUUAGAAUAGUAAAAAUAUGUUGAUUUAUUAUAAUUUAUCAGGCACAGUAUGAGAUUAAUAUUACGCGAUGCAUUUAACCUCAAACAUAAAAAUAUAUAUCAUAGUUCUGUAAGAAAUAAUUUUAAAUAUUUAAGCUUAAUUAGAUAUAAAUCUGAAACUAUGAAGUAUUUAAAUGUAGCCGAAAAGAAUGAUGCUGCAAAAAAUAUUGCACUUCAUUUAUCAAGAGGUACAUCUAGAAGGCGUGAAGGUUUGUCACAAUACAACAAAAUAUAUGAAUUUGAAGGAGAAGUAAUGGGCCAAAAGGCCCAGAUGGUGAUGACUUCAGUCUCAGGACAUCUCUUGGCUAUGGACUUUGUUGGCUCAUACAAAAAUUGGAACACUUGUGAUGCUUUAUCACUAUUUAGUGCACCUGUUUUCAAAUACUGUCCUGAUAAUUAUCAAAAAAUUAAAUUAACCUUAGAAAGGGAAGUGCGUGGUUGUCAUGGACUUAUAAUCUGGACAGACUGUGAUAGAGAAGGAGAAAAUAUUGGCUUUGAAAUCAUAGAAGUGUGCACUGCAGUUAAAAAAAACUUGCAAGUAUUCAGAGCAAAAUUCUCUGAGAUCACAGGGGUGUCAGUGAGAAGGGCCCUACAAAACCUGGAGGCACCUAACAAGAAUAUCAGUGAUGCUGUAGAUGUAAGACAAGAACUUGAUUUGAGGAUUGGUGCAGCAUUCACAAGAUUCCAAACUCUUAGAUUACAAAAGGUCUUUCCAAGCAAAUUGGCAGACAGUCUAAUCAGUUAUGGUUCUUGUCAAUUUCCAACACUUGGUUUUGUGGUUGAGAGGUACAGAGCUGUAGAGAAUUUUGUGUCUGAAAUGUUUUGGAAGUUGAAAGUUAUUCACACAUUAAACAACUUAAGUGUUGAGUUUGUUUGGGAUCGGGUGCGGCUAUUUGAUGAAGAUGCUUGUCAGGUCUUGCAUGAUGUUUGUUUAGAAAGCCCCCAAGCUAAAGUAAGAGAUGUUAAAACUAAGCCAAAAUCCAAAUGGAGACCGCUUCCUUUAGAUACAGUGGAACUAGAAAAACUAGGUUCACGAAAAUUAAAAAUUAAUGCAAAGGAAACAAUGCGGUUGGCUGAAAAAUUAUAUACGCAAGGUUUGAUCAGCUAUCCACGUACGGAAACCAAUGAGUUUCCUAAAGAAAUGAACUUAGCAACAUUAGUGGGGCAACAAACUGGGGAUCCCAAUUGGGGUGCGUUUGCGCAGGGCAUACUUGACAGUGGAGGACCCACACCAAGACAGGGAAACAAGAGUGAUAAAGCCCACCCUCCAAUACAUCCCACUAAAUACACAAAUGGUUUAUCUGGCAACGAACAGCGCCUGUAUGAGUUCAUAGUGCGUUCGUUCCUCGCUUGCUGCUCUAAGGACGCUCAAGGUCAAGAGACCACAGUGACUAUCGACGUGGCUGAGGAAAUAUUCUCAGCCAGUGGACUUAUGAUCACCGCCAGGAAUUAUUUGGACGUGUACCCUUACGACAAAUGGUCAUCUAAGGAGAUACACAUUUAUGAGACAGGGCAAACAUUCAAUCCAACCAGUAUCGAUAUGGUUACGGGUUCCACUUCGCCUCCGAACCUGUUAACAGAAGCAGACCUUAUAGCUCUAAUGGAAAAACAUGGAAUUGGCACAGAUGCAACACACGCCGAGCAUAUUGAGACUAUUAAAAAUCGUUCAUACGUCGCGUUGGCCGACGCAAUACACUUCAUACCUGGCCUACUAGGCAUGGGUUUGGUUGAAGGGUACGACUCUAUGGGUUUAAACAUAUCCAAGCCACACUUGAGGGCCCAGCUAGAAGCAGACUUAAAAGCCAUAUCAGAAGGUAGAAAGCAACCAGACGUGGUUUUAGCUGAGCAGAUAGCAAAGUAUAAAGAAGUGUACCUAACAGUAACGGCUGAGGCAAGGAAAAUCGACGCGGCAUUAGGCGAGAGGUUCCGGGAACAACCUUUACAACCCCCACCUAGCAGUGAAAAUAUUAUUGCGAAUAUGCCUUCAGUGUUCAAGUGUCCCAAAUGCGGCUCGGAAAUGUGCGUCAGGCAAAAGAAAAAUAAUGCAGACGAAUUUUACAUUGGCUGUAUGUUGUACCCAAGGUGCAAAAACGCAGUCUGGCUUCCCAGUUUUGUCAAAUCUUUGGAAGUUAUGCCUCAAACGUGUUCACAGUGCGGUCCGAAUUAUAAGAAGAUCAAAUUUGAAUGGAGAAACAACUCUAUAAGCCACAUCUACCCGUCACCUUGCAUAUCAUGCAUCGGAGGCUGUGACAGAACCUUUUUAGAACUACUUAAAAUAAAUAUAUCUAGUGUGCGGAAUACAGGAGAAAACCAAACACAAACUAACAAUAGAUCUCAUACAGACAAUGUAAACACACGAACUAAUCCAGUUACUGCUAGAGCGAAUCAAAUACCGGCAGUUCGGAACCAAGCGCCAGUGGCACGAAACCAAGUGACGACAGGACCUUCAAAUGUGAACCUUAUUAACAGGCAACAAACGUUUCUACCUCCAAUCAGUGUUAAUAGACCGCCUUCUACGACGAACAACAGGAUACCGACACCACACGACGAUAACGCAGAAAACAACGAAGUGUUCUGCGCAUGCAAUAGACCAGCCAUCUUAUUAACUGUGAGAAAACAGAACGCUAAUUUCGGUAAAAAAUUCUACAAAUGUCAAACCGGCAAAGAAAACAAUGGUUGCGAUUUUUUCCAGUGGGCUAAUGAGUCCACGAAUGUACAAAACGAUUUCGAGACGCCUCCGCCGUCCACUAGCUCGUGGGGAAAUAGUUCACAUACAAGUCAUAGUUUCGAUGAUAACAGAACUUGGGACGCACCGUCAAGCGAGGUAACGUGCGAGUGCGGGUUGCCGGGUAAAAAGAUAACUGUACAAAAGGAAGGGCCGAACAAAGGACGUCUAUUUUACGGAUGUGCCAACGAGUUUUCUAAAAGGUGCAAAUUUUUCAAAUGGGCUGAUGAAGCAAUAUCGACAUCAGAUUCGGCAAUCAGUCCUCCGCCGUUCCGCGGGCGCGGGCGAGGCCGCGGGGCCGGCGGCGGCGCGGGGCGCGGGGCGGGGGCCGGCGGCGCCAGGAAGUGCGGUAUUUGCAAGCGAGAGGGACACAACAGGACUAACUGCCCCACCAUCAGAUAACUCAUUGUAAUUACUUCUGUUCAGAUAAAAUAUACUGUGAUUGUUUAUUACACAA